AGGGAAUGUCAUUGGCUCUUUACUGUAUAUAACCCUUUGACACGCGCUCUGUCGCUGUCUCGUUCUCUGCUACCGGUUGUAAUUCAGGACCGCCCGACGUACACAAGCAUCAUGUCAGGUGACUGGAAUCUUCAAGAUGACAUCUCUGUGGACGAUCCAGAGAUGUGUGAGCUCAUCAAGAAAGAGAAAGAUAGGCAACGGAAGGGUCUGGAAAUGAUUGCAUCAGAAAACUUUGCCAGCAAGUCUGUUCUCCAAGCCUUGGGUAGUUGUCUCAACAACAAGUACUCUGAAGGACAACCUGGACAGAGAUAUUACGGUGGAAAUGAGAUCAUUGAUCAGGUAGAGCGUCUUUGCCAGAAAAGGGCAUUGGAGGCAUUUAAUCUCAACCCAGAGGAAUGGGGCGUCAACGUACAGCCACUCUCUGGGUCUCCCGCAAACUUUGCUGUGUACACUGCUAUGGUACAACCCCAUGGCCGCAUCAUGGGUCUAUACUUACCAGACGGAGGCCAUCUCAGCCACGGUUUUAUGACCAACCAGAAAAAAGUGUCAGCUACAUCUGUGUAUUUUGAGUCUUUCCCCUACAAACUUGACCCUGCUACUGGCUUGAUUAACUACAAUGAGCUGGAAUCCAAUGCAAAACUGUUUCUACCUUCAAUGAUCAUCGCAGGCAUCAGCUGUUACUCCAGAGACCUUGACUACAAGCGUUUUAGAGACAUCGCUGAUAGUGUCGGAUCUUACCUUCUGGCUGAUAUGGCUCACGUCAGUGGUCUGGUAGCUGCAGGUGUUGCCCCAAACCCUUUUGAGUACUGUGAUGUUGUGACCUCUACCACUCACAAAACUCUUCGCGGCCCGAGGUCAGGCCUGAUCUUUUACAGGAAAGGUGUUCGCAAAGUGCUGAAGAAUGGAGACAAAGUGAUGUACGACUUGGAAAAGAAAAUCAAUGAGGCUGUGUUCCCUGGCCUUCAGGGUGGCCCCCACAACCAUCAGAUUGCAGCUGUGGCUGUCGCCUUGAAACAAGCAAAAACACCAGCAUUCAAAGCAUACCAGCAGCAGGUGAUCAGUAAUGCCAAGACUAUGUGCCAGACUCUUCUGGACAAGGGUUACCAUAUCGUCUCAGGUGGAACGGACAACCAUCUUGUUUUGGUUGAUUUGAGGAAUAAAGGUCUUGAUGGAGCUCGUGGUGAGAAGGUGUUAGAAGACGUUGGCAUUGCUGUGAACAAAAACACUUGUCCUGGGGAUAAGAGUGCUCUCAAGCCCAGUGGUCUUCGACUUGGUGCUCCUCCUCUGUCAUCAAGGAACUUGCUGAAUGACGACUUUGUUAAAGUUGUAGGAUUCUUUGAUGAAGCUAUUAGUAUUGCUCAGGAAGCAAACAAAACCAGUGGACCCCUUUUGAAGGAAUUCAAAGCUACACUUGAAACUCCCGAGUUCCAGUCCAAGAUUGACGGUUUGAAACAGAGAGUUGAAGCAUUUGCUGUUGGCUUUCCUUUACCUGGCUUUGAUGACUGGUAAACCUUUACUAUCACUGUCAAGGCUACAUUAUGAAUGUUUGUAAGUGUAAUUCGCAAGCCAUAUAUUUGCAUUUGUUAUUUCUAUUAGGUUAGAUGGCUUGUAUGUACACCAACAAAAGAUGGAAAGUUGUGACAGUAUAGUAUACUGUGCGAGAUUGAAUAGCAUGGGUCUCAUUUUUCUGCUGUUGUCAGAUGAUAGAACAGGUUUUUUCUAUUGUCCUGAACAGGACAUAUUUACAGUUUAUUUCCGGCUUUAGUAAGUUCCUUUACUUCAUGUGUCGGCAAAUGAGUGUACUUUUUUUUUUUGCUGAGUGAGGGCUCCGGUUGUGGCCACUUCUUUUGUAAUCAUCACUGGCUUCCAUUCCAAACAAAAAUGUCUGACAUGUGAUUAGACUGAUCUGAUAUUGUGCAUCCCAGCCGUUGUAUAGAGUGCAGGUUAAGAAUAAAACUUAAAAGAGGUCUCAUGUUAAAGCAUCAGGGUGUGUUCAGGGGAAACUUUACGAAUGUUCAGUGUUGAAGCUUUAAAAAAAAAAAAGCAGACAGGCUCAACGGUGUACCACCAUGUGUUGUUCCAGAGGAGACUAUAACAUGAAAUGGUUUUGUUGUCCUUGGGGUGGUUCGAAAUGUCAAUAUGGGACAAAGCAUUUUCGGAAUAGUGGGAUGUUAAUUACGGUUUGAAACUAGUCACUUAAAAGACUGGAUGUGACCAUCACUUGAUCCUUCACUCACAUUGUAGCAGAUCACAGGGCUUGUUUAGCUUGUCAACUGUAUGGUACAGCCCUUUUUUUUUUUUAGAUUCAAUUUAACGUACGCUGUACUUUUGUUUCUUGUGAUUAAUUCCCACUAAGUAUUAAGAACAAAGAAAGCUCAUACACUACUUUUGUACAUUUUCCAUGACAAGAUAUGUGAAUUAUUAUGAUUAGCAUUACUUACUGUGAAAAGCUCCUUGUGAAUUUGUCAUGGUAGUGUGCCAUACUGUUGUUUGGGCUUGUAAAGAAUGAUGUUACGAGAUGAACAUGUGGGAUCGUUUGAUGGGGAAUAUUGAUCUCCUACAAGAUGAGGUUCUGGUUCUCAAUAAAUUUCUCUAUAAAACAAAAA